GCUGCCAAGCUUUCUCCACAUGAAGCUAAGAAGAUGAUGGAGAUGGAAGAAGUUGUUGGUGUAUCCCGAAAUCAAUAUCGCAAACUUCACACAACAAAAUCUUGGGAUUUCGUUGGACUUCCUCUGACAGCAAAAAGACAUCUAAAAGCAGAGAGAGAUGUUAUUAUUGGUGUUCUUGAUACAGGAAUAACGGCGGACUCAGAGAGUUUCCAGGACCAUGGUCUAGGCCCUCCUCCGGCUAAAUGGAAAGGAUCUUGUGGACCUUAUAAAAAUUUCACCGGAUGCAACAACAAAAUAAUCGGCGCCAAGUACUUCAAGCACGACGGCAAUGUGCCUACCGGCGAAAUCCGAUCACCGAUCGAUAUCGACGGCCAUGGAACGCACACGUCAUCUACCGUAGCCGGCGUUUUAGUCGCUAACGCGAGUCUCUAUGGCAUAGCAAACGGCACCGCCCGCGGCGCGGUUCCGUCGGCGAGGUUGGCGAUGUACAAGGUUUGUUGGGCGAGAUCCGGCUGUGCCGAUAUGGACAUCCUCGCCGGAUUCGAAGCUGCGAUUCACGACGGCGUUGACAUUAUCUCCAUCUCUAUCGGUGGUCCAAUCGCGGAUUACUCUUCCGAUUCGAUUUCCGUCGGGUCGUUUCACGCGAUGAGGAAAGGGAUCCUGACGGUGGCAUCCGCAGGGAACGACGGACCGAGCUCAGGCACUGUAACGAACCAUGAGCCUUGGAUAUUGACGGUUGCGGCAAGCGGAAUCGAUCGGACGUUCAAGAGCAAGAUAGAUCUCGGCAACGGCAAAUCCUUCUCUGGAAUGGGAAUAAGCAUGUUUAACCCAAAAGCCAAAUCGUAUCCGCUUGUAAGCGGCGUUGAUGCUGCUAAGACCACGGACGAUAAGUACUUGGCUAGGUACUGUUUCUCUGAUUCUUUGGACCGAAAGAAGGUGAAGGGAAAGGUAAUGGUGUGUAGAAUGGGGGGAGGUGGUGUGGAGUCGACUAUUAAAAGCUAUGGAGGUGCUGGUGCGAUCAUUGUAAGUGAUCAAUAUCUUGACAACGCUCAGAUUUUCAUGGCACCUGCCACCAGUGUUAAUAGCUCCGUUGGCGAUAGCAUCUACCGAUAUAUCAACUCCACAAGAUCGCCAUCGGCUGUGAUUCAGAAAACCAGGCAAGUGACAAUCCCUGCUCCAUUUGUUGCUUCUUUUUCAUCAAGAGGUCCCAAUCCGGGAUCAACACGCCUUCUCAAGCCUGAUAUCGCUGCACCCGGGAUUGAUAUAUUGGCGGCCUUCACUCUCAAGAGAUCACUGACUGGGUUAGAUGCUGCGUACGUCAAGUCUUUUCAUUUGGAUUGGACACCCGCUGCCAUCAAAUCCGCCAUCAUUACCUCAGCAAAACCGAUAAGCCGGAGAGUGAACAAGGACGCAGAGUUUGCUUAUGGAGGAGGCCAAAUAAACCCACGACGAGCCGCAAGCCCUGGCUUAGUCUACGACAUGGACGACAUCUCCUAUGUUCAGUUCUUGUGCGGCGAAGGCUACAACGCAACCACUCUGGCUCCAUUGGUGGGGUCACGCUCCAUGAGCUGCUCCUCCAUUGUCCCUGGACUCGGCCACGAUUCCCUCAACUACCCAACAAUCCAACUCACGUUGAGAUCUGCCAAAACGUCCACAUUGGCCGUGUUCAGGCGGAGAGUCACCAACGUGGGACCACCGUCGUCGGUCUACAACGUCACCGUCAGGGCACCAAAAGGAGUUGAAAUCACGGUGGAGCCACAUAGUCUGUCGUUUUCAAAGGCUUCACAGAAGAGAAGCUUCAAAGUGGUGGUGAAGGCCAAACAAAUGACUCCUGGGAAGAUUGUUUCAGGCUUGCUCGUGUGGAAGAGCCCACGUCACUCCGUUCGGAGCCCCAUUGUUAUCUACAGUCCUACUUCUGAUUAACUUAAUCACAUCCUGAAACAAAUUCAAUGUAAUCCUCUCACUUUGUUCGUAAACAAAUUCAAUGAUAAAGU